ACCUCUCUGCAGGAAGAAAGCUCACCAGACCUGACAUCGCUGUAGUUCCUGAGUACAACAACCAGACAACAUGGCUCAAGGUUUAGUACUGUUAGCAACACUGCUAGCCUUUAGCAAUGAUGUCCACUGUAAUUUUUCGCCUACGCUUAUUACAGAUUUGGCUAAAGUACUUACGGACAACUACUGCUCUCCAGAAAAACUUUCUGGUAUGGAAGAUGUAAUAAGUAUUGCCACCAACAACACGGAGAUCCUCAGCAUCCAAGAUCCCAGUAUACUUGCCAGUAUGCUGACAGAUGGGGUUAGGAAUACAAUUGGUGAUCCUAGAGUAAAGGUCACUUAUGAUCCAGAUUAUGUUCCAGCAGCACCUCCAGGAAUUCAUGACAUCCCACCAGAGCAACUGGCUGCUGUGGUCAAGGGCACGGUAAAUGUAGAGGUACUAGAACAUUUCAUUGCCUACCUGAAGAUUCAACAUAUUAUUGGGGAAGAGAUCGCUCAGAAGAUCGGGCCACUUCUGGUGCAGCAUGUUUGGGAGAAAGUUCUUCCCACCUCAGCCAUGAUCCUGGACCUUCGUUAUGCUGUUAGUGGGGAACUGUCUGGCAUCCCUUAUAUUGUCUCUUAUUACACUGAUGCUGAGCCUCUUAUCCAUAUUGACUCUGUGUAUGAUCGUCCUUCAAACAGCACCACUGAGCUCUGGUCCAUGCCCACCUUAUUGGGAAAAAGAUAUGGAAACUCCAAGCCCCUGAUCAUUCUAACAAGUAAGAACACUGUUGGCGUUGCAGAGGAUGUUGCUUACUGCCUGAAAAACCUCAAACGAGCUACAAUUGUUGGAGAAAAUACAGCUGGAGGAUCUGUAAAAAUUGACAAGAUUAAGCUUGGUAAUACUGAUUUCUAUGUUUCUGUACCUGUGGCUAAAUCCACCAAUCCCAUCACUGGCAAAAGCUGGGAAGUCAAAGGAGUGGCACCAGAUGUUGAAGUCAAUGCAGAAGAUGCCAUUGAUGCAGCAAUUGCAAUCAUUAAGCUUCAGGCGGAAAUCCCUGCAAUUGUUAAGUCUGCAGCUUCUUUGGUUGCAGAAAACUAUGCUUUUGGCAGCAUUGGGGCUAAUGUAGCAGAAAAGUUAGAGGCUCUGGCGGCCAAUGGAGAAUACAGCAUGAUUUCCUCAAAGGAUGAACUGAAAGCAAAGCUCUCAGCUGAUCUCUUAAUAUUGUCAGGGGACAAGUGCCUGAAAAUUACAGACAACACCCCUGUGCUGCCUCCAGUGAGCCCUUCACCAGAAAUGUUUGUUGCAAUUAUUAAAGAUUCAUUUCACACUGAUGUAUUUGAGAACAACAUCGGUUACAUGCGCUUUGACAUGUUUGGAGACUUUCCACAACUCGAUGCAGUUGCUCAGAUCAUUGUAGAGCACGUUUGGAACAAAGUAGUGGAUACAGAUGCUAUGAUUAUUGACCUCAGGAACAACAUUGGAGGUUCCACAAAAGCGAUUGCAGGACUCUGCUCUUACUUCUUUGAUGAUGGCAUGCAGAUUGUGUUGGACAAACUACAUGACAGAUCCUCUGGCACCACAAAUGUACUUGUCACCCUUCCAGAGUUGACAGGUAGAAGAUAUGGCUCCAAGAAAGGCCUGCUGAUCCUGACUAGUGGAGUGACAGCUGGUGCAGCAGAGGAAUUUGUUUAUAUCAUGAAGAAGUUUGGCCGUGCGAUGAUUGUAGGUGAGCCGACCCACGGCUCCUGCCAGCCACCAAAAACUUUCCAAGUAAGCGACAGUGAAGUUUUUCUGGCAAUUCCUAUCACCCACUCAGACACUACCCAGGGUCCUGCCUGGGAGGGAGCUGGAAUUGCCCCUCAUGUUGCAGUGUCUGCCAAUGAAGCCCUGGAUGUGGCCAAGGGUAUACUUAACAAGCACUUUUUAGGCCAGAAAUAAGUUUCCAAAACAGGACAUGCUGGGAAGAGACAAAUGGUCUAGGAGAGGAAAGUUAGAAGUAAAGGUGCCAUUGUACUUAAUUGUGCUAGAUUUCUGAAGAAAACUAGAAAACUCAUACCCUCAUCUUCUCCAGUGACUUAGACCUUUCUUUCAUCCCAUUCUAUUUAGAGAACAGUGGCAUACACUCAAACUCAAAUACAUUUUGAAAAUGAUUUGAAAUAAUACUUAAAUUUGCUAUUUCAUACCUGUUGAACCAUAUUUACAUUAUGUUUAGUACUGUCUGUUUUGUUAAGUUCUGUCCAUGAAAAUGGAAAUGUUGUUUUACACUGUAACUUCAACAUGCUAAUCUGAUGCUUCAUAAAAAUUUAAUUAAAUGGAAAUUUAUAGUUUGAGAAUUUUUCCAUGUCCAAAAAGCACUUUCUAGUUGUGUCUUAUUUAUAUUUGGAGAAGCUGAACUGUAUCGAAAUGACUACAAUGGGGGGAAGCUUUUUGACAAAUCAGUCUAGUCCACAGAAGGCUUUUUACAAAUGGUAAAAUCAGCAAAGAAAGAAAUGUAUAUCUAAAUGCUAAUAACGAAGAGUCAAAUGAUUUAAUAAUCUUUUACAGACCUCAUAACCUCACCUUUCUCUAACACCAGGAAAUGUUCAGCUAAAUGUGAAAUAUCAAACUAUCCAGAAGAUGGCAGUACACCACUUACACUCAA